AUGGCACAAUGGCACCGCUGUUUCCAGACCACCCGUAGCGGGCGCAAAGAGGCCAACGGUAAUUUCUGGGGAUACGGAUUUCCCCGGUACCCAAUGGACCGCUCGCCGUUCUGGAUUCUGCACCUGCUGGAUUGCACACCGCCGCCCCCUGCCGCUAUUCCACGGCUAAAGCAGGCCGGAGUGGAACCAUCAGACCUCAUAAGAGGUGAAGGGGAGGGAGUCCUGAUGGUGACUGAUGCUUCGGGUCUGCUGCUAGGCUUUGAUUCGCUGGCCGGUGGCUGGGCGGGGUCUCUGGGCGGGAGCGAGGCUGCGGGUGGGGAUGGGAGGGGGGGGCUGGAGACCACUCAGAGGAUGGUGGGUCUGCUUAGACGCUGCAUGGAAGCACCUAUGAGCGGCGGGUCGUCACGGAGGCCGCACACACUCCGUGUCGAUGACAGGAAGCUGCACAGGCUUCUUGCCCGGUGUGAGAAGGCCCUCACCAUUCUGAACGUGAUUCUAUGGCCCCAGGCCUUUGGUGACUGGGGCCCCAUUGGCCUGGAGCAGGUGGAGGCGCGAGAGUCCUUCAGCAUGCGCUGGCCCCCGACCCGCUUUUGUCAUGUGUGUAAAAGACACUCCUUCCCCAGUCAGCUGAAACCCUGCUUUCGGUGCAAGGCUGUCCUCUACUGUUCGGACCAGUGUUCCCAGGCCGACCAUGUCCGCUGUCCGGAGGACGCCAGUCACCAGCACUGGUGCGACAAGCUGAUCCGGCACAUGAGCCGCCACCCACAGCUGGCCGACCUGCCGUUCAGCUACGCCGCAGAGGUGACAGGUGAGGAUUUUGAGCUGGAACACUUCCUGGAUAAGAACAAACUGGACUGCGGCUACUGGGUCCACUGGAGCCUCCUGGUACGCUCCCCCAGAUAUGAGCUCCAUCCCACAGUGGAACAGUCCAAAGAUCUUCACCCCCACUGGCUCACAGGUCACAGGAAGCCCUUCGGCCCCCUAAAGGAGGAGGAGAGUGUUCUGUUCCACAGGCCCGGCCCACACCAAUCGAUCCAUCCCAGCAAACCUCUGGGGUCGUGGCUCCAGUACUUUGAGUGGAGGGGCCUCGAUCUGUCCUCCCCAGCAGCAGUUCUUCUCAGCUCCCCCCUCUCCAUCUACUACAUCAUCACCUCGCUGGUGCCCAAAGACUUUCCGGAGCUGAACAUCCUGAACAAGCAGUCUCUAAAGAUCCACAUCAUCGACUCCUACAGAGAGUUUCAUACCAUCAUGGUGUUCUGGGAACUGUCCAUACUCCUGCCGCAUAUGACCUUUGAACUGCUGUUCAUAGGCGAGAGGCUUCCCACUGGGAGUGAUGAGGAGCAGCUAUUUCUGCAGAGAAAGGAUGGCCAUGUCACCCUGGUUAGCACCAGACUCAAUCCAGACAAGAAGUUGGAUAAGAGGAGCAUCCGGGUCAAAGUUUACCGCAGGUCCUAUCACAUGCUACAGGGCCCGAAACCUGACCUGGUGAUUGGCUUCAGACCGACGAUCCCGUUUCAGGAGUCGUGGCUCAGCACUCUUCCUAGGCUACAGUCCCUGAGGACGCCGGCAUACUUCUGCGAGGUCAGCGAGCUGAACUGCGAGUGCAGCCAACAGGUGAUGGGCCAGGCCACCGGGGGCGCCCUCUCCCCUCCACACGUCAACCCCUUCCACUGCCCGCUGCGUAUCCCUGGGGGAGACAACCUCCUGCCCUGGUAUUCGAAUGCCUUUAUCUUCCACCUGAUGUACAAGCCACUGCAUAGCGAGAAGCGACCUUCCGUGGUCAAUUUCCAAACCCCACCUUCGCAGGUAGAGCCGGCCAAUCAGGAACCAGAGCACCCCGCCAAGAUGAGUCGUAGGAACAGGAAGCAGGCUGCCCGCAAUGUUCCCCGCAAACGGAAAUGAUCAGGGCGAAGACAAAAACAAGACAUGUAGACACACCCACACACCCCACCCCAACACACACACACAGAUAUACAAUAGACUUGUCAUCAUGAGCAAACCCCACAACUGACUCAUCAGCUGAAAUAGGAAAGCCCUUUUAUUAAAAAUGUAAUUCCUUUCGCUU